UUGCGGAUUUCUCAUUGUUUUCUCCUAUUUACUUACCAUCUCGGUCUGGGUACUUUCCAUUAAAGUUUAGGGAGAAUUCGGAUAUAUAAAGGCGCCCUGAAGGCCUGAGGAAAACAGUCACUUUUGUUUAAGCCAAGAACAAUGAAGCUAGCAACCUAUCUAUUGGCAGUUGUCCUGUUCGUCGGAUUUUUCCUGCUGCAGCCAACCUCUGCCCAGACUAACACUACAACCACGGAGGCCAGUACCACCACGACCACAACAACUGCCACGCCUAGUACUGUGCACAGGAAGCAUUUUACGGCCCGCAAUAUUCACUACAAAAUCGUGCGAAGGAUCCGUGUGAAAAAAUCUGGCUAA